AAUACGGCAUUUGGUACACCUCGGAUGAUUCCGAUACCGAAUAUCAAAAUGUUGAAGUAUGGUACCAUGACGUGCCAAGAUGUACCAAAUGCACGCUAGUAUAUAAAGUAGACCUUCGCCCUUCUGGUUUUCAAACUGAAAUACCAUUUGUGACAAACGGAACACGUUAAACGCAGCUUUUACUGAGUGAACAUUGGAAAUUAGGCAAAAUGGACCAAGCGAAGUUGUUUUCAUUUUUUAUUAUCAUGCUAAUUGGUUGCGUUCAACCAAUGAAUUUGCCACAGGAACCCGACAAAAAAUCUACAGUAGAGGUUUCUCUUUUGGACACGCAGCAGGUGCCUUUAGUAGAUCUUUUUGACACUACUAAACUAAACCAAGUGUUAAAGGACUUUAUCAUAAAGACAGUUAAUGAGGCUUCUGACCAGAGAAUUACAAUUAUAAAAACUGCUGUCAUCGAAGAUAUUGGAUAUGAAACAGUACAAAUACACGAAAGACCCGCAUUUACAGCAUCAUUCAGUGCAGAUGAUUGGCCCGAACCAAAUGAAAUUAUAAUAUUUGACCAUGUAUGGCUGUAUGUUGGCAAUGGGUAUGAUGCUACUACAGGGGUGUUCACAGUUCCAAGAAACGGAUUGUACUUCGUAUCAGGUACUUUAAUGUCCGCUGACGGAAGGAACUUACACUGUCGUCUCUACAAGGACAACCAAGACACAAUCGCACUAUUUGGACAUGAUUAUUCCUCGGGAACACUAAAUAGUGCAAUGCUUCUGGAGGAAGGGGAAACAAUCUACAUAAAACACGACAACAAGUCCGGAGAAAAUAUGUUAGGAAGGCACUAUAGCAUGUUUUCGGCAUUUCUAAUCAAUGAACAGUGAAACUGAUGAGGACUUUAG